AUGGAUCCUCAAUUGGAGGAAUUUCUCCGGACUCUCGAGACUCUAUCAUUAUCAGACGCUGCAGAAAUAACUUUUCUCGAACCUGUACUACCUCCAUUUCAGGAACAACCACCACUGCAAGAACAAACAUCAAAAAUUGCAGCAGAAGUUUUACAGGAUCUGGAUCAACCUAUGAGAUCGAUGUAUGAUCUUGAUCAGUCUAACCGUUUCGGAUCCAACAAGCGUAGAAUUGGUUCUUCAAUCGAAAUUGCUUCUGAUCCAAGUCAACAACUGUUCAGCUCAGUUCUAAAUCAAUCUUACGUCGGUGAAACAAGUAACAGCAUCAAUAGUGAUUCUAAUGGAGAGUCUCUAUCUCAGGUACAGUUUCCGAAUGUGGAGGACUCUAUCCAAUUCAAGACUAUUGAUUCUUCGAUUGAUAUUGCUGCUGCUAAUCAACAACUACCGAGGAAAAGACAGAGAAAAGGUGUGUUUGUCAAAGACGGUGACCAAAUUUGA